AUGACAUCUGAAAAACCAAUCGAUGUGGUCGCAAAAAAGGCAGACAAGAAAGACACGCCGGACGAAAACUCAGAUACCAAAGUCGAUAAACAACAAGAAUAUUUAAAGCGUUCCCAUGAGUUGAUGCACCUAGUUUACGAGUUACCAGUGGAGAUAGAAACUUCAGUUCAGUUAGUAGACAUUGAUCCAAGUAUCAACGAAAACAACAAUAUGCUGAAAGAAAACCCACCGAUGACUAUAGUCGAGAUUACGGAACAGAAUGGUUGUGAAACAGAUUUAGAUAGUGCGAGAUGUGAUAGUGAUUACUUUAAAGAGUCUAGUCUAAAUGAUUUAGGCAAUAAGGUCGUAUACGACGUGUUAGCUACUAAUGAACUGAUCAUGCAAUGUGCUGAUGAAUUCAAAGAGGUGAUUGAUAGGGCUUCACCAGAUGACACAACUGAUGAAGACUUGUUAGAGCUUGAAAAUAUUUUGAAAACCAAGCCAAAGUUACUGGAUCGUUAUAUAAGAGAGUGCGCUUCAGUAGAUGAAGUAAAUAGACUUCAUAACUUGACUUCAUGUGGUCCUUUGUCUCCCAGACCACGGCAUGAAGCGCGAAGUACGUCGGUUACAUCUGACCUGUUUCAACUUUGGUUGUCUUCAUCACCAGUCAAGAGAUCACGGUCUCCAAGCAGUUCAGCACAAAGGCAGCUCGAUGAAGCGGAUCUGUUUAUGGACCUCAUCAAAGAUGUCGCCAACGAAUUGGAUAUCGAUGUACUUUGCCAUAAGAUCCUCGUGAACGUCUGUCUCUUAACUGCAGCUGAUAGAGGCAGUCUGUUCUUGGCGAAAGGUACGCCGCCGAAUAGAUAUCUACAAGCUAAGCUAUUUGACGUGACCAGAGAUACAGACCUCUACGACGCGCUACGUAUAGCAAGGACACAGGAGAUAAAAAUUAACUUCGGAGUAGGAGUCGCAGGAUUGGCCGCCCAGACUAAGCAUCCCAUCAACAUCAAAAACGCUUAUGCUGAUCCACGGUUCAACAGUGAAAUCGACGCGCGAACAGGAUAUAAAACUGAGUUGAUUUUGUGUAUGCCGAUUUGUAACUGCGAAGGAGAUGUGGUUGGAGUUGCACAGAUUAUAAAUAAAACAGACGGAUCAAAAGAGUUCUCGCCGCGUGACGUUGAAGUGUUCCGACGAUAUCUAACAUUUUGUGGUAUCGGCAUUCAAAAUGCUCAGUUGUUUGAAUCGUCAGUACUGGAAUACAAAAGAAAUCAAAUUCUCUUAGCUUUGGCGAGAAGUAUAUUUGAAGAGCAGAGUAACUUAGAAUGCUUAGUGACGAAGAUUAUGACAGAAGCUCGAGAACUGCUCAAAUGUGAGAGGUGCGCUGUUUUCAUUUUGGAUACAGAUCACUGUGAAUCGAGUCAUUUAGAGCGUAUAGUGCAAAGGCCGGGCGGUAGACCUAGUGGGGCCCCCGCUUUGCCUCCACCAGCACCAACCCGCUUCCACACAUUGUUCGAGUUAGGAGCCCAGCACUCCCGAACUACUCUCACACCACGACAUGAUAAUAAGUCUACUCUUGCGUGUAUCGCGCUUGCUGUAGCACAAUCCAACAAAGCCCUUAACAUAUCUGAUGUGGACGAUUGGCGCAAAGAGAAUGGCAUGGUCGUAGACGACAGCGUUACAGACGAUGCGGCGAACGUCCGUACAAUGUUAUGUAUGCCGAUAGUCAAUGCUAAUAAGGACGUUAUUGGCGUGGCACAACUAAUAAAUAAGGAGAACGGAUCUCAGUUCACUGAUGGCGAUAUUUCAAUAUUUGAAGCUUUCGCAAUAUUUUGUGGUCUUGGGAUCCAUAAUACGCAAAUGUACGAAAAUGCGUGCAAGUUGAUGGCCAAGCAAAAGGUAGCGCUAGAAUGUCUGUCGUACCAUGCAACGGCGUCAACUGAAGACACGAGUAAAUUAUGCCAAGAGGUCAUACCGUCGGCCGAGGUGUAUAAUUUAUAUAGUUUUAAGUUUCACGAUUUCGAUUUAUCUGACGAAGACACGUGUAGAGCGACGCUUCGAAUGUUUUUACAGUGUAAUCUAGUCGAGAAAUUCCAUAUACCUUACGAUGUUCUUUGCCGAUGGAUUUUAUCAGUCAAAAAGAACUACCGUCCAGUGAAAUACCAUAAUUGGCGACACGCUCUAAACGUAGCCCAAACAAUGUUUGCGAUGUUGAAAACUGGCAAAAUGGAACGAUUUAUGUCGGAUUUGGAAAUUCUUGGUCUUCUCGUAGCUUGUUUAUGCCAUGAUUUAGACCAUAGAGGGACUAAUAACGCUUUCCAAACAAAAACAGAGAGCCCACUAGCCAUUUUGUAUUCGACGUCGACGAUGGAACAUCACCAUUUCGAUCAAUGUGUCAUGAUUUUGAAUAGCGAAAGCAAUAAUAUAUUUCAGGCGCUCUCCCCAUGCGAUUAUAAGGAUGUAAUGCGUGUUGUGGAAACGGCGAUAUUGUCCACAGACCUAGCAAUGUACUUCAAGAAGAAAUCCAAAUUCCUAGAGUUGGUUGAAAAUGGCGAAUUCGAUUGGCAAAGUCAGGAAAAGAAGGAAUUGUUAUGCGGUAUGAUGAUGACGGCGUGCGACGUGUCCGCCAUCGCCAAGCCCUGGGAGGUUCAGCACAAAGUGGCCAAACUGGUUGCUGACGAGUUCUUCGACCAGGGUGACUUGGAGAAGUUACAGCUCAACCAACAGCCUAUUGCUAUGAUGGACAGAGAGAAAAAAGACGAGUUACCCCAAAUGCAAGUGGGUUUCAUAGAUAUGAUCUGCCUGCCUUUAUACAAAGUACUCUCAGACACAUUCCCUUGGAUACAGCCAUUGUAUACCGGGACUAUGGAAAAUAGGCAGAGGUGGCAAGAUUUAGCUGAAAAAGUCGAAAUGGGAUUGACAUGGAUAGACCAUGACACUAUUGAUAAGCCAAUUGAAGAGUUCACAGCAUCGAACGAGCCAAUAAAAGACGUAGAGUUAACAGUAACUACACUGAACUGCGCACGUCCCGUGUCAGACAGUAUGGCGCUGGUCAAACCGAUCAAGACAUCCUUCCAUUCAUUGCGACGAGGCAAAAGUGGCAAUUUCAAUAGACCGGCUCGAAGUAAACUUACUAGAUCCCUCUACGCGCCAAGCACACGCGAAGAGACGAGGGAGACGGAACCGCCUCCCGUGCACAAGACAUCUAAACAUAAGGGGCGGUUAUGCCAUAUGUUG